AAUAGCAGCAGCGAGCUUGAGGUUAUGGCGGACCAGUGGAGGGAAUUUGUGGGGAGAACAAGGAGCAAGAUUGGAAGCAGUACUGACAACCGAAGCUAUAGCAGAGCCGGUAGCUGUAUCAGGAGCCAGCUGAGUGGUGAGUGGUGUCAGGAGCGCUCCGAAGGUAAUAGUGUGUCGCCGAAUGGUAAUAUGCCUGUUGAUGCGGAUUUCCGUAGCUGUGCGCGACAAUGCGAAGACACGUACCGUAACACUCGCGCCUAUCAGUUUGACCAUGCGGAUGACUAUAGCGAGGAUAGCAGCAUCUCCGACGGAUACGACGAUGGCGAAGAUGUCGAAGAUGACGACGAUGACGAUAUCGGAGGGUCUUCUAACGAGGAAACGGAUCUCGAAGGAUCUCUACAGGGCGUGGCUCAGCAGCCCGCUGCCCUCCUCCUGGCGCACGCGCCCGCUCAAGCGCGAAAUUUCCGCCGAUUCCGCUCCCCCGGCGGAACAUCGGGGGAAUUUUACAGUCGCGGGAGCGGGUUGAAUCCGCUCCCCUGGCUGCAAUUCGACCCGCAACCGCUCCCCUACCGCCAAACCUAGCUUCCGCUUCCGCUUCCGCCUCCCCCCCGCCCUUCCCCGUCCGCCUCGACCCCCCGCCUCCGCCUCUCUCCCCCCCUGUGGGGAAAGCAGUGCCAAACGAAACCAAUCACCUCCAGCGCCCCCUUUAAUAUCACAAUUCUCUUCACGAACCGAGCAGCCGGUUCUCCCCGCGUUUCUAGAGCCUACAGACUGGGAGCUCGUCCUUCGGAGCGCUACUGACACCACUCACAGCACUGCUCCUAAACCGCAUUAUGUGGCUUCUAAUUCAGACUGUAGACUCCCCGAGGGAAGGGCAGCCGAGGAAUGGAGCCGGCGUGGUAGCGGAAGGGAAGAGGGGGGUCGCGACUGGAGUCCGGCGACUGAAUCAACAGCUGAAGGACGC